CCCACAAUGCACCGGUGCUGGUCUAAGAGUGGAGUUGGAUUGAGACGCGUCCCGGUUGGACGACCAUGGUGUUGUUUAUGUGACGGAAUGCGGGCGCGCGGCGACACAACGGACAACAAACCGCGUUAAUUGGUGAUAAAACACACACACACACACACACACACACACACACACACACACACACACACACACACACACACACACACAUAUGUAGGGGACAGUGUUAGGGAUUAGGGCGUUAUUCGGGACGUAACAUGGACUAAAACAGACGCUCGCGCCGCUGCACCGGAGGCAGAAUGUGGCCGUCGGUAACGGAGACGUGCCGCGGCCUCGCGCUGUCGGUGUGGCUCGUGUCCCUGUGCUGUGUGCACGCGGCAGAUAAGGAGGAGUGGUACACGGCCUUCGUCAGCGUCACGUACGUGGACCCGGUGACCGCGCAGCUGCGCACGGACAAGAGCGAGUGCGGUCACUACGGUGAACACAGUCCCAAGCGCGACGCUACCGGGUGGCUCGCGACUGCGGUGUCGGCACGUGAGAGACACGCCUGUGACCCAAACACGCGCUUCGCCGUGCCGGACCGAGCCGGUGCCUGGAUCGCGCUGGUCACACACGGAAACUGCACGUUUAAGGACAAAAUACGGCACGCGUCCGGACAGAACGCUUCCGCUGUGGUCAUCUUUAACGUCGGGGCUUCUAACGCCAACGACACCGUUACCAUGACGCAUCCGGGUACGGGUGAUGUGGUAGCGAUCAUGAUCCCUGAGCACAAAGGCCGUGAGCUGGUGUUGUUACUGGAGCGGAACGUGACGGUGAACAUGCACAUCACCAUCGGGACGCGCAACCUGCAGAAGUACGUGAGCCGAACCUCCGUCGUCUUCGUCUCCAUCUCCUUCAUCGUCCUCAUGAUUAUUUCACUGGCGUGGCUCGUCUUCUACUACAUCCAGAGGUUCAGAUACGCCAGUGCACGAGACCGCAACCAGAGGCGACUUGGUGAUGUGGCUAAAAAGGCCAUCAGUCAGCUCCAAGUACGGACCAUCAGGAAAGGAGACCAGGAGACGGAGUCAGACUUUGAUAACUGUGCUGUGUGUAUUGAAGGCUACAAGGCCAACGAUGUUGUGCGAAUUCUGCCCUGCAGGCAUGUCUUUCAUAAAGGCUGUGUGGAUCCAUGGCUGGUGGACCAUCGCACAUGUCCUAUGUGUAAAAUGAACAUCCUGAAAGCGCUCGGGCUCACGUCGAGUGCAGAGUGCCUAGACGAGCUCCCGCUGGACUACGACCUGGCUGUCGGGGGCGUGGCCCUGAACGCCAUGGUGCAGAGUGAUGAUGUCCUGGGUGGUGACAUCACAGGGGGGCGUGACCCCGGGGUCAGGCUGUUGGGUCUCCCUCAGGUCCUCCUGGACUCGGAGCCCAUCACGGACGACACCUUGUUGACUGAGCAGAGCGAGCUGCAGCCGUUAGCGAGCAGCGGAUCAGAAGCAUCGCUGGCCGCAGCGGCAGGGCAGUACGAUAUGGCCACGCCCACAGACGUGGCGAAAUGCCGACCGGGCAGCGGGCUCGGUCACUCCAACCGAGGAUGCAUGGAGUGAGUCGUCCCCGACGACAGAGUAGCCAUGGCGACAGGUGACGCUGACUGAGCAUCCAGUGGAAUCUCCUAGCCGAUGACAUCACACUAUGACAUCACUGCCCGCCGCAUUCCAACCCUUUACUCUCUCCGUGUGUCCGGUGUUUAAGGAAGAGACGCAGCAGUUCCUCGUUCUCUGUCGAUUUACACUCGAGUACAUUCGUAUGUUCCGGAUUAUAAAACACGGCGACUCCGAAACGCCGCGGCCGACAUAAGCGUAGCUGAAGAAGUUACAUUUAUAUCGAACGUGCAAGAAUCUGACGAUGGAUAGUUUUACUUUUAUUUUACUGCUAAGAAUUUUGAGAUGAAUAAAUUAUUUAGUGGAGACAAGGUGAAGACCCGUCAGGACGCCGUCCGGGGUUUCAGCAUGACGCUCUCUUUACUUAUUUACUUACUUAUUUUAUUAAGAAAGCUUUCUGCUGGCUUUAGAAGCUCGACGGCUCUGCGGCCGAACGCUCGAAGCUGUCAGUUUCUCUUUAGCGAACGCAGACCGGCGGCUGUCUCUCGUAACCGCAAACUGACGCAAACCAGCUAGCUUUCGUUUUUAAAAGUUUUGUUUUUAUUUCUUAUUCAUUUCUACACGUGCGACGUCACAUGACUGCCGUCUGAGGGCCUUUUUACACCCGGUCACUUCGUGUGUUGUCUCUCAUCCGAUAGCUAUCUGAUUAGUUAGAACUGUUACAUUUACAUCAGGCCACAUAAACGCGUCUCGGCGAAUCGGAUAUCGAUCCAAUCUUUCUGCUCCCGCCCAAAAUGCUAAUAUAUUUGCCCUCAUUUCCGGGGUAAUUGAAACAGAACACACUUUGGUGUACGCGGUUUUCAGAACGUGAUCAAAAAGAAGACGGAAAACUGGUUACGAUGUUUAUGUUACAAAAAACAGCGUUUACAUUUAUUCGUUCUGGCGCGACUCGCGAGUCACCUGCGAGUGACGUACUUCCGUUUGGGAGGAGUAUAGCGCUGACGUAUGUGACUCGAACAACCACAUGCAUUUACACCUUUCCAGUUUCAUCUGAAACGCGUCCCAGACCUCCUCCUGAAGGGGUUUGUACCAUCGGGUUUAUAUCCGUCUCCAAAACGUUUCAGAGGGCAUUUAGACCUGGUCUUUUUACCGUCGGGUAGAUAUCGGAUCACAGAAAACACAGGAAGUGACCAGGUGUAAAAAGCCCCUAAGACACUUAGCCGACGGUUAAACGAACAGAAAAUAUGUUGGCGCCUCAGACCAGCAGAGUUAGCUAUGGAAAUAUUCAGUUGUAGUUUAAAACACAUAUUUAAACAUUUAUCAUAAAUCCAUCCAUUUAUCUUUGUUCCACAAACAAACUACAGAGAUAUCGUUACUAUUUUGCCAAAUCCAGAUCGGUUUACGCUUCUUAUACGUAGGUCACGUGACACCAACGGGUUUUAUGCUAAUGGCUAAUAUGUGAGCUGCUAAAGCAGUGAGUAGCUCAGCAGGAGGAUCGCUACAUCCUCUGGAGCGGGUUUUAUAGUCCGGAAAAUACGUUACAGUUUUCAGCAGACUAUCGACUUCCGCCGCCGUUAAGUCCUCAGAAGUGUUCGCUUUACGAGGUUCGAGUCGUUACAUGUGAUUGUGGGUGGAAACUAAAUGGCUGCUCUGGAAAACUUGUUUUUUUUUUGGUUGUUUUAUUGUUCUGUCAGUUAAGACGCUGAAAAUGUUUAGAGAUAAUGCGACAGAAUAGAAUAAAAGUCUUUAUUCGGCGUAGAACUGUUCAGAUCGCAUUCGAUUUAAAAGACUAGAUUAAAAAAGGCCACGCCCACUCCGAAUAACCCCGACGCUAAUCUCGUAUUCCGGACCUUUCCGUCGGGACUUAAAGGCUGCGCUUCUUCCGCUCGACAAUCAGCUCCACCGUUCAUUACUACGUGGGAUUUUCUUCCAUCGCAGCAUCUUCUCCUGAGUCGAGCGGAUCGUUUUUAACUUGGGGGGGGGAAGGGGCAGCGUUUUUAUUUUUCUAUAGAAUUGCGUUCGAAUCGCGGACGAGCUCAGCGUUCAGAGACGCCGAGAGGAACAAAACAACAGACAAACGUCUGACUCGCUCGUGUGAGAGUUUUUUGUUUUUUUUUCGCUCGUGUGAGAUUUUUAUGUUUCCAGAAAGUGCUCUUGACCUCGUGGACCACAGCAUUUCAUACGUCUAGAGCAUGACGGCAAGCCUUUGCACGCUUGUCUGUGUGAUGUGAGCGGAUUCCAUUCCACUUCGCAGGGUAAUUUUAUUGUAUAUUGUAAAUAGAAGCAUUUUGUCAAACCCAUUCUUAUUUUUACUCUUUAUUCUGUGGUCUUGUGCACUUUAUCUGGUUCGACAUGAAAAUGUGAAACACACACACACACACACACACACACACACACACACACACCUUUGAGCUUCUGCUCGUUUCUGGUCAACAUUCUGCACGUGGCUCAGACUGUGAAUUGAAUAUGAAUAAAUUUUAUUGUGAUUUA